UGGUAGCAAAGGAAGCACCACGGACAACCAUGGCUUAUAGGCGGAUGUGCUUUGCAAUUCGAUUCUGAUCGAUUUUGAUGCAUUGAGUUUGGCGUGUUUGGUGGUCCCACGUGGUUUUUGUUUUCUAGAAAUUACCGCAAUGGUAUUUUUUACAUGUGCACACUGUGGGGAAUCACUGAAAAAAAGUAAAGUUGAGAAACACUACCAGACAGUUUGUUCAAGAAACUCUGUUGCAGUAACCUGUGUAGACUGUUGCAAGGACUUCAGUGAUCAGACAUACCCAGCACAUACAAAGUGUGUUUCUGAAGAAGAGAAAUAUUCAGCAAAGGGGUUUGUACCUCGUCCCUCUGCAAACAAAGGAGAACAUAAACAAAAGAAAUGGCAAGAUAUUAUCUGUUCUCUACAAGGGAAUGACAGCAGCCUUUCCCAUGAUGAACAGACAAUUUUAAACAUCAUUGUCGACCGUGAAAAUGUUCCUCGAAAGAAACUCAAGUUUCAGAAUUUCUUGAGAAACUGCAUGAAAAACCAUUACAAUGCACAAGCAGCAGAGAGUAUUUUUGACAAGAUAGAGGGACUCAGUAAAGAGAAGGAACUUCAAAACAAACAAGAAAACCAGAAUGAAGCUGAGAUUAGCAAGGAAGAUGAAAGAGAGAAUACUGAUACAGUAGAUGUGAAAGAAAAUGAUGGCAAUAUCAGCCAAGAAGAGGUGGAAAAAAAGCUUAGCAAAAAGGAGAAGAAAGAGCGGCGAAAAAGGGAAAAGUAUGAAGCAGAAUUGAAGGAAAUAGAGGGUAAUGAAAUAAUUGAGGCAGCAGGUAAUAAUGAAGUUGAGGGUGGAAAGAAGAAAAAUCCUAUACUAACAGAAAAUGAAACUCAAGAAGGGAGGGAAAAAUCGAGGUCGAAGCGCAAGGGAGAUGUAGCUGUAGCAGAAAAUGGUGUUUCAGAGGAUAAUGAAGGAAGCAGAUCAAAGAAGAAACACAAGAAAGAAGCAAUUAUGUCAGAGAAUGGCAUUUCAGAAGAGACUGAGAUGGCAGAAGGAAAGAAAUCAAAGAAGAAAAACAAGAAAGAAGCAAUUAUGUCAGAGAAUGGCAUUUCAGAAGAGACGGAAAUGGCAGAAGGAAAGAAAUCGAAGAAAAACAAGAAAGAAGCAAUUAUGUCAGAGAAUGGCAUUUCAGAAGAGACUGAAAUGGCAGAAGGAAAGAAAUCGAAGAAAAACAAGAAAAAAAUAAAUGCUACAGAGAACACAGAUACCAAAAUGUGUGAGGGUGGAAAAUCUAAGAAGAAACGAAAGAAGUGUCAAGAAGAAGUAGAUGUAUGCGGAGAGGAACCUACUAAGAAGAAGAUGAAAAAAAAUGACACAAAGGAAAUAGAAGAGGAAGAAUACAUCCACACAGCAUCAGGGAAAAUAAAAUUUAACUUCCAAGAAACCAUCAUAAAAGUACUGGAGUCGAAAGACACUAAAGAAUUGCCUGUAAAGAGACUGCGGAAGAAGGUGCUUGCAGAGCUUGAAGCCUCGGGUGCUGGUAGUGCAACAGAUGUAAAGAUGAUUGCCAAAUUUAACAAGAAAAUCAUGAAAAUACCUGGUGUAAUUGUACGCAAAGAAGUUGUUAAAUUAUGUUAAACUGAUAGAUUUGAUGAGUAUUUUAACAAGGGUUAUUGUAUGCUUUAGAGAUUUAAGCAAGGCAAAGUGACAUGGAGAUAUCCAUUUACAUUUAUCUAAGUAACACAUUUUUAAAUAUGAGCAUAUACACCAGAAGUUCUGAUUAGAAACUUAGAUGUGUGAAUCUCAAAAGCUUAUGGUAAUCCAUGCAAGGAAGUAUUUCUCUAUGAUGCCAUUAAACUUAUCAAAAGAAUCAUGACAAUUUGAUAAAUAUGAAAUGAAACUUAUAUUUUAACAGAACUGAUGGAAAGUAAAAUUAUUUUUCAUGAAUGCAUUAAGUCAGAAGAACAAUACAGUGUAUGGUUAUCUUAGUUGCACUUUCCUGCCAAAAAAUAAACUUAUUAAUUGAAUGGUUCUUCA